AUGGAUUUGUGGAACUGGGAUGAAGCAUCACCACAGGAAGUGCCCCUGGGGCACAGGCUGUCAGGGCUGGGUAGGCUGCUGGGGCUGAGACAAUGUGUGUGGGGAGGGUACCCAUGUGGCGCCUCCACCGACCCUGACGGGGCUCUAAUCUUAUUGCCUGCAGAAGCUGAACUCGACUUCUAUUUCCCUGAACUGGCACUCCAAGGGGACACGCUGACAGCAGAGACAGACUGGAAAGGUGGCUCUACGUCCUUAUACCCCGCAGGGCUCCCACAGCCGAACUGGGCCUCCGCAUUACCGUACCCAGAAGCUCCAUGCGGGGCGGAGCCCGCCCCUCAGGCUCUUACGUGGUCGGGAGACUGGACAGACCUGGCGAACACCAGCUCGGUCCCUUGGAGCCCCGUCUCCCAGGCCCUGGGCCCCGCCCCCUUGGCUGGCUCUGAAGGGGCAGCUGGCCAGAACUGCGCCACCUCCACGGGGGGUGCCAACUCUUGGUCGCGAGCCCAGGUCGCCGCCAGCUCCACCAGCUGGAACUGUUCUCUGGGCCCCGACGGCCCCACCUACUGGGGCAAGGGCCUGGGAGGAGGACCGCGCGCCGACUCUACCAUUUCGUGGGGCGGGCCCGCGGGCUCGGACUAUACCAUCUCCUGGGACUUGGGGCUGCCAACGGAUUGCACCACCUUUUCGAAAGGGUACCAGAAUUCAGCUCUCACAGCAUCCUCCGAAACGAGCCAGCAGUCGGACAGCGCGACCUCGGCUCGUUAUCCGAAAAGUAACCACAGAGGUCCCAUUCAGCUGUGGCAGUUUCUCCUUGAGCUGCUCCACGACGGGGCACGUAGCAGCUGCAUCCGCUGGACCGGCAACAGCCGCGAGUUCCAACUGUGCGAUCCCAAAGAGGUGGCGCGGCUGUGGGGCGAGCGCAAGAGGAAGCCCGGCAUGAAUUACGAGAAGCUGAGCCGAGGCCUGCGCUACUACUACCGGCGUGACAUCGUGCGCAAGAGCGGGCGGCGCAAGUACACGUACCGCUUUGGGGGCCGGGUGCCUGGCCUAGCCUAUCCUGACCGCAUGGGGGGCGGGCAGGGAGCAGCGACCCAAUAAAAAUAAUCCGUCAA